UAAAGCCCCAGUAGCUCCAAACACGGCCCAGAUAAACCCCGGCGCUCGUUCUCCUCGCGUCUCCGCCGGUGGCUGGCUGGCUUCCUGAAUCCGAGCGCAGAGGCUCGGCGGUUGUGAGCGGAGCCUAAAAUGACCCAUGCGGUGACUCCUGACAUGUAAAUGGCUUCCAAAGUGCGUGAUGCCGUGGUGUGGUACCAGAAGAAGAUCGGUGCGUACGACCAGCAGAUUUGGGAGAAGUCUGUGGAACAAAGAGAAAUUAAGUUCAUUAGGCUGGGCCUGAGGAACAAACCAAAGAAGACGGGCCAUGUGAAGCCAGAUCUGAUAGAUGUGGAUCUAGUGAGAGGCUCUGCGUUUGCCAAGGCAAAACCCGAGAGCCCAUGGACGUCUCUGACACGGAAGGGCAUCGUCAGGGUGGUUCUCUUCCCCUUUUUCUUCAGAUGGUGGAUCCAAGUGACCUCCAAAGCCAUCUUCCUACUGCUGCUUUCACUCUACCUGCUCCAAGUGGCUGCGGCAGUGUUGUUUUUCAGUAUCUCGCAGCCUCACGACAUCCCAGCCACUGAGGUGUUUGGUGCCAUCUGGCUGAUGCUGCUGCUGGGCACAGUACACUGUCAGAUCGUCUCCACCCGCACGCCCAAACCAGCACCAAAUGGCACUGGCAAGAGGAGAAGGAAGUUAAGGAAGGCAGCUCACUUGGAGGUGCAUAGGGAAGGCGAUGGCUCUAGCACUACCGAUAACACACAGGAGGGGGCGCUGCACUCCUCCGGCUCCGCCGCCGCUCACAGCCUUGGCGCUUUCUUCAGAGAUUUCUGGCAUAAUGUCUUUAAAUCGGGGUCAAAGAAAUCCAAGCUGUCCAUUGAUAAGUCCACGGAGACAGACAACGGGUACGUGUCUCUGGAUGGCCGCGUCACCAGUAAGAGCAGCGAAGAGGGGCUGCAGCUGCACGAUCCGCACUGUGAGCUGCUGCGCUCCGAGGAGCCAUGCUGGAGCUGCCCACAGCCCAGGAACAACCUGAUACUGCCACCUCUCACCAAGGACGUGCCAGUUCUGCGCAGCGUGGAGAACAUGUCAGACGAAGCAUCGAGUGAAGAAGACCCGGAGAAUUACAGCACCCUCCGCAGGGGCGUGGAGCGUAUGAACAGCGACAGCACCCUGCGUAACAGAAAAACCCAUCACUACAAAAAACACUAUACAGCAGAGGAGACGCCUAAGUCUGGCACCAGCUGUAGCUCCCGCUGCUCCAGUCUGCGCACACAUGACUCUGAGAGCACCCGGCAUGAGUCGGAGACAGAAGAUGUGCUGUGGGAGGAUUUCCUGCACUGCGCUGAAUGCCGCUCCUCCUGCACCAGCGAGACGGAGGGGGAAGGGUCUGCCGUCUGCCCUGCCUCCAAAAAGGAGUACCGGGAUGACCCCUUCCACCAGGGUCAUGCCCCUUGGCUGCAUAGCUCAAAUCCAGGGCUGGAGCGGGUGAGCGCCAUCGUGUGGGAGGGAAACGAGUGCAAGAAGGCAGACAUGUCAGUGCUGGAGAUCAGCGGCAUGAUCAUGAAUAGAGUGAAUCUUUACACUCCUGGCAUUGGGUACCAGAUCUUUGGUAAUCUGGUGGCUGUGACUCUGGGACUCACACCCUUUGCAUAUAGACUUUUCCAGUAUAAAGACCUGGAUCAACUGGCCUCUCUCUCAGCCAGUGAGAUGAUCUCUAUUGCCUUUGGCUCCUCUUCUAGCAUUAUGGUGAUUGCCAUGGUGACGGUGAGCCUCGUGGUGCGUGUCUGCCUCAUCUGGCUCUUCUUCUUUCUGCUCAGUGUGGCAGAGAGGACAUACAAGCAGAGGCUGCUCUUUGCUAAGCUCUUUGGUCACCUGACCUCAGCCCGGAGGGCCAGGAAGUCUGAGGUGCCUCAUUUCCGCCUGAAGAAAGUGCAGAACAUUAAAAUGUGGCUUUCUCUGCGCUCCUACUUGAAGAGGCGUGGUCCUCAGCGUUCAGUGGAUGUAAUCGUCUCAUCUGCCUUCCUCCUCACUCUCUCCGUGGUCUUCAUCUGCUGUGCCCAGUUGCUCCACGUGCACGAGACGUUUCUGGAGUUUCACUAUAACUGGGAGCUGGUGAUUUGGUGCUUGUCUCUCUCUCUCUUCCUGCUGCGCUUUGUCACUCUGGGCUCUGAGACCAGCAAAAAGUACAGCAACACCUCCAUUCUACUGACCGAACAGAUCAAUCUGUACUUGAAAAUGGAGAAGAAGCCAAACAAGAAAGAAGAGCUGACACUGGUCAACAAUGUUCUCAAGCUGGCCACCAAACUGCUAAAGGAGUUGGAUUCUCCGUUCAGAUUAUACGGCCUUACCAUGAACCCCCUCCUGUACAAUAUCACACAGGUGGUCAUCCUGUCUGCAGUGUCAGGAGUCAUUAGUGACCUGUUGGGCUUCAAUGUGAAGCUUUGGAAGAUCAAGUCAUGACAAUGAACUGACUACAGUCUCCAGCCUCCUCAGAGUUGACAACACACAGUUUGACCACAGGAGGGCGCUGAAUCCCCUUGAUGAGGGGCCGUCUGACAAAGAACUUUUGGCCCUUUUCCCUCUGACAUAUCAGAGUUUCUUAUAUUUUACUUGUGCAAUUCAGAUAUUUAUUUUACCCUCUCAGUGUUUUUUGAGUUCUCACAUGUGUUUAGCUGUUUUAAUUGUUUUAAAGUAUUAUUUUUAGCUCUUGGAAUUUCAUUGUUACAGGAACAGGAUUUUCACAGAGGGAGAAAAGUCCUGGUUGAGGGCUGUGUUAUAUGCACAGUGGUAUGCAGGUGUACAGAAAAAAAAGCAAAAUAUUUAUUUAGAAACUCAAUGUGAGCAUGACGGCAUGAUCCGAGAGCAGAGACGGUCUCGAUAUUGAAGAGUCGAGACUGGCAAUAAGGAGUUUAGUUACUUGUUGGAGCCGGACUGGCUACCGUUAUAGGUCACUCUUAGCAAUGGUCCUCUAAAUUUAUAAGCAAUUAAGCAUCAUGGGAGGCAUAAUUUCAUGAGCUUAUUUGGGAAGCGAUGUGUUUGGAAGCACUGAAACAUACAGGUGAAACUGACACAUGCACGCACACACACACACACACACACACACACACACACACACACACACCCACACACACACACACACACACUCACACUCACACACACACAGCGUCAGUGGAGCUGAGAUGUCCUCAGUGUGUGUGUGUGAGUGUGUGUCUGAAACGAAGCUCCUUUCACUGUUCACUGUGUGUGUGUUAUGACCUGUAACAUGCUGUUUCCACCACAUACUUUGUUGGGGUUGAAUUGCCACCCAAUGCUUUUUGAGUGUUGUCAGAUUUGUGUUAGUGCUGGUCUCACUCUGUGUGUUUGUAAGAUUUGAGGAGAGCACGACUGGGGCCUUGAGAAAUUCUUAGAAAAGCUUGUGGUUUACCUCCAAAAAAAGAAAAAUAGUUCUGUGUUUAUAGCCCAAAUGUGGUCGCCAGUUCCAUUGAGAGAAACUCUGUCAUUCUGAUGUGACUUUCAUCGUAGUUUGUCAGUUUCUGAAUGUCAGCUGUUUAUGCUAUUAAGACUCGCGUCCGCUCCGUCUCUUUGAGCUACAGUGUGUGGAGGACUGUAUUUAGAGGCCUGUGUGUGUGUGUGUGUGUGUGUGUGUGUGUGUGUGUGUGUAUUCGUGUUCUCUCAAAGACACGGUGUGUUUGUGCCCAGCCUCAGUCAGAAAUGCCUCAAAACGUGCACUUUAAAGCAAAGAAAUUGUUACUCCAUGUCCAAAAGGUGGUCAGAAGAGCCUAGAAGAUGUUUUCUGUUUUUGUACUUCUGCAUGGGACAGUCAGUGAAGAUGACCAAAGUGCUUUUUUUUCUGUCUGCUGGAGACGAAUGUAUUAGUUCUUGCUUUAAGUGUUAGUUUCUCAGAAAGUUCCUUUGAAAGGGCAAUGGACGCCUUUCCUUUUUUUUUCUGUGUUGUGUUGAUCCUGUACUUUGUUUGGUUUUUGUUAUUAAACUCACUCAUAGUUUGCUGAUAUUUGAUGGAAAUAUGUGGUGUUUACAAAAGAACACUAUGUCUGAAAGAAUAGAUAAAGAGCUUUGAAAACCAGAAAA